AUGGACUGCACGUCGCCGUCGAUGCUGAUCGGGGCCAACUGGCCCAAGGAGGUCCUGGAGCACCCGCUGUCGCUGGACGGCGACGCGUUCUCGCUCUCGUCCGCCGCCGAGUUCAGUCACCUGGACCACCGCAAUGGCGCGCGCAACGUGUACAAGUUCGGCGGCACGUCCGUGGGCAGCCCCGCGCGGCUCUGCGGCCUCGUGCGCAUCGUGCGCAGCGAGCGCGAGCGCGUGCUGGCCGUCGUGGUGUCCGCCAUGGGCCACACGACCGACUACCUGCUGGAGGCCGUGGCGUUUGCCGCCAAGGGGGACGCCGAGAACGCGCUCAAGGUCGUGGACAAGCUGCAGGCGCUGACGCUCACGAACGCCCACGACACACAGAAGGAGCUGGAGGUGGAGCACGUGGAGGACAUGACCGACAUCAUCGUUGAGCACUUUAAGCCGCUGCGCGAGCUGCUGUUCGGUAUUUGCUUGCUGCAGGAGCAGACGGCUGCGGCCACGGACACCGUGCUGUCCUUCGGCGAGCGCAUCAGCGCCACGAUUGUGGCCAAGCUACUAACCAAGGCCGGCGUGGAGGCCUUCUACCUGGACGCCAGGGAGUGGCUCACCACAGACGACACCCACGGCUGCGCCAAGGUGUUCUUCGACGAGUCCAAGGAGAAGCUGCAGCAGUUGGCGGCGCAGUGGAAGCCCAACACGCUGCCGGUGAUCACGGGCUUCAUCGCGCGCACACGCAGCGGCCGCACCACGACGCUGGGACGUAACGGAUCCGACUACACUGCUACGCUGGUGGGGUCUUCGCUCGGCGCCGACUACGUGCUGAUCAACACAGACAUCUCCGGUGUUAUGACUGCGGACCCGCGGAUCGUGGACCGCGCAGUGGCGCUCUCCCACUUGAACCACCACGAGGCUCUGGAGCUCGCGGUGUACGGCACGCGCAUGUUCCACGCGCGCACGAUGGUGCCGCUGAUUAAGGGCGAUGUGACCAUGCUCAUCCGCAACACAAUGGACCCCAACGGCCACGGUACGUACAUCAGCGGCGUCGGCCGCUCAGGCACGCGCGAGACGUGCACCACGUCGCUGGAGAACCUGGCGAUCAUCGAGGCGCGCACGCGCAUCCUGCAGGACGGCAGCAGCGACCCUCACCAGCAGGAGAACAUCGGUGCACGCGUGACGAAGGUGCUGGAGGAGCUCAAGAUCCCCGUGUGGCUGUCGAUCCGCGGCGCUCACGGCCAGGCCAUCAGUGUCGUGGUGCCUCGCAGCGCUGAAGAACAGGCGUGCGCAGCCAUCAACGCCGAGCUGAGCGCUGAGAUCGAGUCGCACGAGGUGGACCCUCUGAACUCCGAGUCACCUGUGACUAUGCUUUCCGUCGUGGCCGAAGACUUGUCCAAGGUUCCUUACAACCAGACCAAGUUCUUCGGAGCCCUCGCUGACGCUGGCAUUGAAGUGCAGGCCGUCGGUCAGGGCACUAGCUCACGAUCGCUGAGCUGUGUCAUCCGCGGCGCCGACACCAAGGUGGCUGUGCGUCGCGUGCACGACGCCUUUAACGUGGACUACCUCGUCACCAACAUCGUCCUGCUGGGCUGCAACCACAUCACGCUGGGCGUGGUGCGCCAGCUCCAGAAGCAGCAGGAGCUGUACCGCUUCCAGCACAAGGCGCGCGUCAACAUCGUCGGCUUCGGCUCCAACUGCUGCGACUUCAUGUACAACCCCAAGGGCUUCACGUUCGAGGAGCUCAUCGCACGGCUGGAAAACUGCAAGAGCGACAACGCCGUGGUGUCUGCGGCUUCCCCAUCCAGUGCAGCAGCUCAGUACGCUGGCGCGCCGUCGCUCGAGCAGCUGGAUCAACUGCAGGAUCUAGCCAUCCCUAUCCUCGUCGACUGCUCCGGCCAGGCCAACACCAAGGACCUCUACUCAGUGUGCAUCGAGCGCGGCAUCCACGUCGUGGCUUCCAACGCGCGCUCGGUGAGCAGUCUUCCGCCUACGUCGUCGCGCGAGAGUGUGGCCACCACGCGCUCCAAGACUGGGCGUACGUUCUUCAUGUACACGUCCACUAUCGGCGCCAGUCUGCCGGUGGUCGACACGCUCGGCAACAUCCUGCGCACUGGUGACCGCGUACUGAGCAUCGAGACGUCACUCAGCGGCUCGAUGAACUACGUCGCCAACAAAGUCAUGAAGGGCAAAAAGCUAUCGGAGGCGGUGGGUGAGGUGCUACGCAAGGGCUACUGCGAGCGCGACCCGCGCGAGGACUUCAUGGGUACGGACAUGGUCUCCAAGAUCGUGGUACUGGCGCGCGCUCUCGGCGUGCACAUCAACCCGAGCGCCGUUCGACUGGAGCCGCUGAUCCCGCACAGUGUGCUUGAUACUAUCUCGUGGUCGAGCGAGAUGGAGGUGGAGGACAUCGUCUCCGGCCUCGAGGCGCACGACGAAGCCUUCCGGGACAAGUACUACGUGCCCGCAGUGGCAGAGAACAAGCGUCUGCACUACGUCGCCUCCAUCGACCUGGCCAAGUUCCCGUCCAUCCAGGCCAAGAUCCAGCCCGUGCUCGUUGACGAGGACCACCCGGCCUACUACACCAAGGACAACGAGAUCGCCUUCGGCUUCUCCUCCGUGCAGUACCCCAACCCGCUGGUGCUCAAGGGCUCCGGCACCGGUGCCGCUGCUAGCGCCACCGGCGUCCUCCGCGACGUGCUCACGAUCCUCAACUCGCUCAACGGCAAGAACGUCCACGUCUAA